AUGAAAGAUCAACAGCAUACCAGGCUUCACAAGCUCAAGCAGGGAAUGCAGCUUGUAUUCGCAGCAGCCAUCGACAGAACCGAGAGCAAGAUUACGCCCCGGUGGCUACUAAGAAUAGCCGAUCGUCCCUUCUUUGAUACAUUGAUCCCUGCAGAGAGCCGGACGAUCGAUGAUGUUGGUAGUCUUUUUACCAAUACCGGGAACAUAGGACUUCGUUUUCUAGCCGAGGUCGACAUCACAAGGAAGUGGAUGAAAUCUCGUCUGGAAAUCAAUCUUACCCGAACAUUUGAGAGACGGCUGGAUUUCAUUGACCUCUAUGAGCUUAAAAAUAUGACCACCAGAAGAACCCGGCUCGAUGUGCUUCUCAAUCAUGUAUUUGAAAGGGAUUUGUCCACAAAUUUCGUCGUCGUGCAUACGGACACACCAGCGUUUUACGACGAGGGAACUGUGCAGAAAUAUAUGGGUAUGAUUUACGCAGCGCGCAAACAAUGCGGCAAGAAGAACUGUAUAGUUUACGGACUUGCUACUGACUCAAAUGAGUAUUGGUUCUACCAAGUCGAUAAUGAAGGCUACUGGAGUCAUACAGUUGUGAAGCCAAUGGAUGAGUACUUCUAUGAAGAUAUCGCCGGUCUACUCGCCUCUAUCCUACGGAAAGCCCAUAUUCUGUCGAAGGAGAGGGAAACCUCCAAAAUGAAGCCAGUAUCUCUCUUGCAGAUUAGGAAGUUGCCCACGAGAACAAACAUGAAAACUCCCUAUGACGACUGA